AUGAUAUUCCCAUCCCCCCUCUCUCUCUCUCUCUCUCUCUCUCUCUCUCUCUCUGUGCUCUGUCAAUUACUUUUUCUCUUUCGUUCUAUUUUCUUUCACAGUUGUGUUUUCUUUUCUUUGAUUUCAACACUUUCUUCUUUUUUUAAUUAUUUUUCACCCUUUCUCACUUUCUUUCUUUUCUUUCUUUCGUCUCUUUCUUUAAUUUCAGUUUCUCUUUUUCAUUUCUUUCUUUUUUUUUCGCCUUUUCUGCUUUUUUCCCCCUUUUCUUUCUUACCUUCUCUUCUUUCUCUGUCUCUUUCUUUAACAAUCGUUUUCUGUCACAUUUUUCUUUGGUCUGCAAUUUUUUCUCAUUUAUUUUACUUUGACUUUUUUGAUAAUCAUCUACUUACAUCUUCUUCUUCUUUUCUCUUCCUCCUCCUUUUCUUUUCAUUGUGUUUUUCUUUAAUUUUCUCUUUAUUCUUUCUUUCUUUCUUUUUCUUUCCUCACCCUCCCUCAUUCUUCCUACUUUCACUUUUAGUUUUAAUUUUUUUCCUCAAUCUAGUACUUGACCCAAAUCAAUCCGUUAGGCAAAGCCCAAACUGCUACACUCACACCCAUUACUCACCCACCAUCAACACUCUCCUCCACACAUCCACACUUUCUUUAUCUACCCACUUCAUCUUCAUUUCCAUCAUUUUAGACACAUGCUUUCUUCCUUCACCACGAGAACAGCCCUGA